CGUUCGGUCGCUUCUGCUGAGCGGGCUGGGCGGGAGAUUUGAACUGGAGGCCCAUUUCCGGCGGCACGAGCCUAUCGCCCCUCCUCCUAUGUAACGAACUAGUUUAGCGGCCUCCUUAAUGCCGCGCGCCGAUUCGUACUUGCCGGUGCCUCCGGGGGGCUUGGAGGAAAACUUCUUCAGCCUGGAUGACAUCCUGAUGACCCAGGAGAAGAUUCCAUGUCGGACUGUGAUGUUGCUGCCGCGCCUGGGCUUUCUAGACAAGAGCAGCGAGGCCGAUCUCAUCCCCGAGGGUACAAAGAUGGAACUGCCUCUUUGGAUGGCCAAAGGGCUGUGUGACCCUAAACGUCGCAUUAUCUCUGCUGAUACACCAAAAGUGUAUCAAGGUGGCUGGCGGACAAUUUUCAGUGCUGAUGCAAAGGUCGUGGACCUGCACAAAUUGGGGCCGUAUUAUUAUGGUUUUGGAACACAGCUGUUACAUUUUACUAAUCCAGAGAACACCGAAAUUGCUCAGACCAUCCUACAGACAUUUGUCACUCGCUUUCGCCGGAUCAUGGAUUCCUCCCAGAAUGCAUACAAUGAGGACACAUCAUCACUUGUGGCUCACCUGGACGAGCUAGAGCGAGAACUGUUCCGGGCUGGUCAAAAGGGGUUGAAUGAGUUUCAGAAGUGGGAGAAGGGGCAGGCCGAGCAGAUCACCACCUCCAACCUGGUUCAGAGCUAUGGCAAACGAAAGUUUGCAGAUAUGGAAGCCUGAAAUGGAAUUCUAGCCAGAGAAAUGCUAAGGCAGAUUGCUACUAUCAGAGAUUCCUCACCAAUAUAUAAAUGAGUAUUUUCUAAGUUGAAACUAAUUCUGCGGCGAUUACAACUGAGUAAUUAAAACAGUGCAAUCAUAUUGAGUCAAAAUUAAACUAGUGCCGCAACUCAGUUACUAUGAAGCAGAAUUUCUCUUUUGGAUUUGGAUUUAUUCUGCUGGAAUCCUGCAUGCCAUAUACAUUAACAAAGCUAUUUGCAAAGGCUUUCUGCAGACCAACAUUUUGUGCACUCAGCAUUUGGAUCUUCAGGAUUUAAGUCAGUUUCUGUCAUUGAGAGUUGCAUCUGUCUUUGCUUUGAACCUUCCUGAUAUUCAGUAUGGGAUCCCUGCAGCACUUACAACUGUCAAUUCCAUUCUGUUAUAAACUAUCUGUUGAGCAGGCCAGCAAAACAGACUGGCUGAAGACCAGGCUUUUAAGAUUAUUUUUAAUUCUCCGUUUUCUUUCUAAAAUUAUAUGUCUGUCCUUCUGAAAGAAUGAAAAGCUUUCCUUGUGUAGAAUGAUGCAUGAUAACCUCAUGUCUUGUACUUUUUGUUUAGAUUUCGUUUUCAAAACUUCAUAUUGUGCGUUUGUUUCUCUGAUUUUUGCUAACCACAUGACAAGGUGAUAGAUCCUUAGGUUCUGAGUAUCACAUUUCAUUUCCAAGGUUCACUGGUGUAUGAAUUUUACUAACGUUCCCCAGUACUUGUUUCAUUUGUGUUUGAUCAUUCAUCAUUUGGGGAUGGUGUCACUAUUAGCUCCAGUGAAGUUUUGUUGUUAUGCGAAAGCAUUUAGUUAUUGCUGUGCUUCCCUGUACUUUACCGAAAAAUAUCCUUUGUCAUCAUUGGUCCCUUGACUUUUGAUAGCUUAUGCCGGAGCUAGUAUCCAAGCUGCAGAAUACUUGUGCAUGGCAAUUUAAAAUACCUUGCUUUGGAAGAUUGUAGUAUACGUCCUUUUACUAAUGAGGGCAGUAGAGGUGUGGCUCAAUGCAGUCGAGUCAGGUGCUGCUAACGUUAACAAUGUAGGUCACUGACAUAUAAAUUCUAGAUUAACAUUACAUCCGCAAAGAGUUUUUUGUUUUAAACUGGCAAGUUCCACGGACUGAUACAAUGCACCGUUGGGUUUGUGUCACGAGAAAAGGACAGGAAAACUGUAUGACCUAAGCACCUUAACUUGAUCAAUAUUAACUUCUUUCAGAUUGAAGUGGGUAUGAGAUCCAGUGUUUCUGAUGACUUGAGGAAGCAAGCCUGAACUGUAUUUAAAAAAAUUUAUAUUUGAACUGAUUUUGUGGACCUCUGUCUAAAUAUGUCAAGCUUUUAAUGUUGUAUUUAUUGGCUGGAGGACCCGAGAGUUGUUACCAUGCCAUCUGACAAUAUACUUUUUUAAACUAAGUUUUUAACAUGUUAUCUAUUUAAUGCUUACUAAGUCUACUUGCAUAAACCAUUUCUGUGUCUUCCUUUAUUAAAAAAAAAGUGAAUUUUUUUAUUGAUUGUCACUUGGAUUUUCAAAUAUAUUUAUACCUUUACACUGAUUUUAGAACACAAUCUCAACUCCAAUGGGUUCAUUGUAUCUAUGCCAGCCCUUUAAAAUUAAUUAAUCCCACUUCAGUCCACUUUCCCCAUGAUCUUGCACAUUUUUUCAUCUCAAAUGUGUAUCCACUUCUUUUUGAAUUAUAUCAUUGAG